AUGGCGGCGGCCUCACUCCCGCUUGACGUCGGGCUAAUCAUCUUCGACCACCUCGAAGCCAUCUAUAACGUGCUCGACGACAUCGACGCCGACAGCCUGCCUUCGCCCACCUGUAUGUGCCCAUGGCAUUCUCCCGUCUUUCGCCAGAUCACCAGCAUUGGCUGUGGCUACCGACCGCCCUACUACCUCAAAAUCCGCAAGGCAGUCAACGACACCGAGCUAGUGGAUUGGCAAUUGACUGCGACGUACGGGAGAUAG